ACUGCUCCCUUCUCGUUUUUACUAGGUGAUUCAUGGCUGCCUAGCCAAAUUACCAGAAUAUCCCUCACACUGAUUUCGUCAUAAUCGGCGGCUCAGAUCUUGGGGCAACUUGAGCUUCUUAAGAUGCUGAUUGACCUGAAGGGGAAGGAAGGUGCAGCAGCUGCAGCUUGGAAAAGAGUGCAAGAUAGGCACUUGCAGAAAGGGCUUCUAAGCGUGCUUACUUGGCGGAAGCGGUUUUACACCAUGGAGCGGAACUAUGGGGAGGGGGAGACCAUGGUUCAGUAUCUCCAGAGGGUGGAUGAGAAUGUGAGGGCUUUGGAGGAGCUGGAUUACACGGUAGAUGAGAAGGAGAUCAUCUAUACUGCACUCCAAGGGUUGGAUCAAGCGGCUAAUGAGGCAUUACUACAGUACCUUCACCUCGAGCAACAGAAAUGGACCAAGCUGGUGCACACGGAUGUGUGUGGACCGAUGCAAACUCCUGACCGGGGAAAAGGGCAACAGAUACUUUGUCACCUUUCUUGAUGACUUCAGUCGACUUAGCUGGGUCAUCUUGGUGAAGACCAAGGAUGAGGUGGCAAAGGUGUUUAAGCGGUGGAUACGCU